AUGGCCAUGGACACACUUGGCCCAGCCAUUGGCAGCUUAGACCGCCUCGCAUUCCUUUUCAAGCAGUUGCACAUCCUUGAAGUAACGAGGAUGGUCGAUGUUGCUGCCAGCACGAUAUUCGUUUGGGACUACUUGAUGACCAUAGGCAUGGAAAUUGAGUACAUCUGGCCAGGGAAAUGGACGAUCAUGAAAGUCGUCUAUUUGCUCCAGCAGUACCUUCCUUUCAUUGACACUGUCCCUAAGUCCCUCAUCAUAGAAAUAUUCACGACAAAUCUUAGUCCCUCAACAUGCCACCUCCUCACCAACACAAGUCGUUUGCUGAUGUACAUUGGUUUGGCAUUGUCAGAGAUGAUUCUGACAUUUCAAGCAUGGGCCGUCUGGAAUCGUAAUUGGGUCCUGACAAUCCUUCUCCCUAUUCUCUUUGUUGGCUGCUGGGCCCCGCAUCUUGUGUUCCUCAUCGAGAUCCUUAAGAGCUUGGAGUACACGACACCCCUGAUACCCCAAUUCAUCGGCUGCUUCGCCAUAAGAGGUAGCUCAAACACUGUCAUCAGUUGGAUACUUCUGAUGGUUUGGGAUACUGUCAUUUUUGUCCUCAUGGUUAUACCUGCCAUAAAGACUUGUAUGGGCCACUCCGCUUUGUAUACAACGGUGUACGCAGAAGGGAUCGUCUAUUAUUUCUAUCUCUUUGCCAUGUCUGUCAUCAACAUCAUCCUGUUACAUUUGGAAUUGGUUGACAUCAGAUAUCGAUUUAUGUUGGUCGUGUAA